UUGUGUUUUUGGCAUCCUCUUUCAAGAAAUAAAUCUGGGAUUUUGUUGUGCUCAUCCCUGUGUUGAGGUGAGCCAAGAUCUUUCAUACAACCGUUGCAACCUGCAGACCUGGGACUAGACUGUGCUUCCAUCGAUUUCUAAGUCUCCUAUCUUGCAAAAGAAUCGUUUAUUGCUUGCAGUAUCAUCAUCUCAUGACAGACGGGCCUUUCUCUGCACUGAAUCAGUACAUUGCUGUUGCUUAGACACACCAGUUGGCCAAGGACUAUGAUGGGAAGUUUGCCCAGCAGAAGGAAGCCAGCUGCUACUUGGCCAGUCCCAGAAAACCACCAACCUCUUGGCCUCGGUCCAAGGAAAACAGCUGUUGCAGUAUGUAACUUCCCUUUUGGCCAGGUAGAGCCAAUACUGAAGAUGGGGGAACAGCUGAAUCUGCUGUCCGAGGAUGGUGAAUGGUGGAAAGUCGUAUCAGUGGCAACUGGCAAAAACUGCUAUGUACCUAGCAACUGCAUAGCCAAAAUCUCUCACAGGUGGCUCUUUGAGGGCAUCAGCAGAGAAAAAGCAGAGGAGCUAUUGAUGCUGCCUUCCAACCACGAAGGUUCCUUUCUGAUAAGAAAAAGUCAAAUGAGGAAAGGUUGCUAUUCCUUGUCUGUCAGACACUCACAGCGUGGAUCCUGCGAUUCUGUGAAACACUAUCGUAUUAACUGCCUGGAAAACAACUGGGUUUACAUCACUUCCCGCCUCACUUUCCCCAGCUUGCAGGAUUUGGUGGACUAUUACUCUGACAGUAGGGAUGGCUUAUGUUGCUGCCUGCAAGAACCAUGCUUCAUCCAAGGAUCUGACUCAGGCUUCCUACCCAACCUUUCAAGACCAGUGAUAGUGAAAAUGCCAAACCUCGAUUGGCAGGAGAUCAAUAGUUCAGAACUGUUGUCAGAGAAACCACAGCCAGAAGACUCUCCCAUCAGUCUGGGCCUGCGGGAAGCCCUCAGUUCUUACUUGUUAAUGACUGAAGACUUGCCUUUAGAGGACACAUCUACCAAAAAGGGGAAGAAAUGCAAGGACACUUGAUCUCCAAUGGGAACUAUUUGUCCCACAGAACUUGAAGGGGAACAUAGAAUAUCCAUCAUCAUUCAUAACACGCUGCUAUUAAAUGCAGGAGGACCAGUGUUCUCUCACUUCGAGAAGGAUGCUCCUUAGUCCAAACUGCCAUGUUUAUUUUUUUCUCACCUCUUACCA